GGAAGUGCAAAAGAGAAAAUAAAAGAAAAUCAGCACCACAGCUAUUUUUUCAGCUUCAGCGCUUGUGAUAUAUGAUUCUAAGAACUAUGCAUGUGCAGUUAUAAAGUGCUUGUGAGCGUGAUGGAGCUUCAGCAGCAUUUUCCUGUGUCCGUGAAUGAUUAUGAAGAAAAUGAAGGAAAUGCAGAGAAGAGGGAGAAAAAUGAUGCUUUUAAAACAGAAGAUCUUUAUCAAAGUCUUCAGUUCCCACCUACUGCACACCAUGGAACUACUGACAGCACGACCCUGCUCUCAAAACGCUGUGAAAGAAAGUACGUGUUUUUACUGUUUGCUGUGAACGCUUUUAUCUCAGCCAUCAUCCUUGUCAUUGUGGGCUUAAACUACUCUCACAACAGAGAAACACAACCAAUAAAAGGACAAAAAGAAUUGUGGCUUCUCCAUGACAAUGUGUUUUAUUUGUUCUGGAGUAAGCAGAGUGAUUGCGGCUCUGCUGAGAGCUUCUGUUCUGAGAGGAAUGCCAGCCUGGCCAUUUUAACUGAGCAUAACAAGGCCUGGUUGAUGUCCAGAACCAAUGGAAAGCAAUUUUUAGUCUUGAGAGCCUCAUCAGAUGGAUCCGGAGGCACUGCUUCUGCACCAGUGGAUGAUGAAGAUUGUGACUGUGUCAUGACUUCAGUCUGAUCAGUUUGUUUUUGUUUUUCUGUCAAACAUUCUGCCAUGUGCUUGUGUGUUCCCGCCCCAUUGUUAUCUCAUUAAUCACUCUAGCUGCCUUCUCACCUGUGGCUCGUUAGCUCCUUAAUUGCUCCCCCUACUUAAGCUCCCUUUGUUUGCAGUCUUGUGUCUGAUCGUUGUGGUGUGAGGAUGCUACCAGUGUCUCCAGUCCAGUCCAGUCCAGUCCAGUCCAGUCCAGUCCAGUCCAGUCCAGUCCAGUCCAGUCCAGUCCAGUCCAGUCCAGUCCAGUCCAGUCCAGUCCAGUCCAGUCCAGUCCAGUCCAGUCCAGUCCAGUCCAGUCCAGUCCUGUCCAGUCCUGUCCAGUCCUGUCCUGUCCUGUCCUGUCCUGUCCUGUCCUGUCCUGUCCUGUCCUGUCUGUCUAGGCUCCAAGUUCAGCUGGUAUUUUUUUUAGUUUUUUCCUCUUCGUUCGCUCUGCCUUUUUGUUGUUUUUUUUUCCAGACCUCCGAACCCCUGUGCCGGGCCUGGUUCCUCCGGUGCAGUGUUUGGCAGUUCGCUCUCACCUGAUCCGCUGGAUCUGAUGUUGGACUCGAGCAGCAGGACUGUAGAAAGAGACUCUAUCAAGUUUCCCGGUUUUUGCUCCCAGCCUAAGAGGAGUGACUGGAGGCUGUUUUGAGUUUUUCUUCGGACGUUUUCUGUUCCUCCGCUCCGGUCAAGUUUUUGUUCCAUGUCUACUAAUAAACUAAGUUGAACCUGCAAUUGAAUCCGUGUUCGUUCCUGACAGACUGUGGCAUUUUGGCUGAGGAUGUUAACACAGGACAUGGAGAAGGAUUUGUGUGUGAGAGGAUAGUCAAAAAUAAUUGAUUUUGAUGACUUUUGAAGCUGCAAAGGAUGUACUGGACAGCUCCUUGGCUCAAAGUUCACCCUCCAGCAUGUAUAUGAGUUGUACUUCAUUUAUCAUGUUUUUUUUAAUGAAUAAAUCUCUUCUUUGUAACUACUAGACAGAA